UUCAUAUUUUAUUUUGACUGACUGCUGAUGUUCGGAUGUCUGUUUUGACACAUAUAUGCAAGAACGGUGAAUUGGUCCACACAAAGUAGACAGUGCAUUCAAUAUGGAGGCAUGUACCUUGAGCUCAACACACCUUUAACGCACACCUAUGAAGUGUAGAUCUCAGCCUCGGCUUGUAUCAAAUUGUCCACUCACGGCAAUGUUUACCAGUGUCUCCAGUUGCUCUUCCAUAAGUAAUCAUUGCUUUGAGACCACUCCAUGGUGUGUUUUUCGUCGACAGCUAUAGACACGUGCUCCAGUCCCGAUAAUUCAAAUUUUGCUCAUCAAUUGAAGCAAGACAUGAAAACACUGCACAAAGAUUUCUCGUGGGAAAUACAUAUCAAUGCCUUGACCUACACGUUUAGACCAGACCCUCGUCAACCAUCCUCAAAGGCCCACCCAAAUCAUGAAUCCUUCCCCCCACCUGGCCCCUCCUCCUCCUGAAUGAAUGAUUAUGGCUUAACGCCACGUCAGCAAUAUUUCAGCCACACUGUGGCCAAAGUGGAUUUCGAUCAGAUAAUGAGAACAUUCAAAAUGAUAAUAAAGUAGACGAACAUGUUUAAGAUCAGUUAAAAGAACCAAAGCUGAAAUAAAACGCAUGAUAUUUCUAUUACAUAUAGUAUACAUAAAUUCUGAACAAUUUUAUGUAUAUACAUGUUUGUAGGACGAACAAGGAUUUAUGACAUAGACCACUGGCCGUCAUCACGCUCAGAGCAUCAUGGUGUUAGUAGUGCACCAGAAAGGGAUCACAGAAUACUCAGAAACAGAAAAACCAGCACCCCGAAAGUGAACCGCUCCAGCAGCUGUGAAGAUGAUGCCCGCCCUGUUGUGCAUAGGCGGCCUUCCCAAGGAACAGCUGUCCUGGAAUUCACAACUAAAGUGCCGAGGAAAGUGUGCAGGGGGAAGUAUCUAGGUCACAGUGUACGAGGGAGCACAGUAUUUGCUGGCAUGGACACUGUAACGGGGGAACUGGUCACGGUGACAGAGUGGGUGUUAAAGUGGAGACAUGUGGCCCGCAGACUGCCCCCUGAGAGAGAGGAGGAGGAUAGCGAGGCUAAGGCUUACCUUAAACAGAUUACCAGUAUUGAGCAGGAGUUGUUGUUGUUGUUACGUCUGAAGCAUGCCAACCUUGUGCAUUACCUGGGGUUAAAGUAUGAACAGGAGGCUGGCAAAAUUACAGUUUAUGUGCUAUCAGAGUACUGUGGAGGAGGUAAUUUAGACAUGUACCUCAGAAGUAAGACCCCUGUCCCCGUGGAGCUACUGAGACUGUACACAGAGCAGAUCCUGCAGGCAAUAGAUCACCUUCAUAGUGAGGCUGUCGUCCACAAAAACAUCAGGGCUUCUAGUGUUUUACUAGAUGACACAGGAAGUGUCAGAUUGACUGACUACAGUAUUCAGAAAAGACUGUCAGAUUUGUACGAGUCUGUGGAGAACCAGCGACCAGGGGUUAGGUUUACAGGUGUUCAGACUCCAGUAAUUGGCAGAGGUGGAAAGAAAGGAGAUAUCUAUCAGCUGGGGUUGUUGUUGUUGUCAUUGGCUGAUGGACAAGAGGUCACAGAGAUCCUCUCCGAGAUUCCAGCUGGCUUCUCUCCUGAGUUCCAGGAUUUCCUCUCUAAAUGUUUGAUUCAAGAUGAGAGACACAGGUGGUCAGCUGGUCAGUUACUGGACCACAGCUUUGUGCGACACCCAGUCCCCACUGGUCUGAACACUAACAGCAGUUGUGUGGCCAGUACACAGAUACAAGAUGUAAACAAAUCUUCAGCAGAUAUCCCUAUGGUGACUUCGUAUGAGGCCAGCGGUCAGUCCAGACUUAAAACAGGGUUUGUCAUCCUCAAAUCUCUGGGUAAAGGAGGAUUCGGGGAUGUUAUCAAGGUUAGAAACAAGCUAGAUGGUAGGUAUUAUGCCAUUAAAAGAAUACCACUGAAUCCAAAGAGUAAACAGUUCAACAAGAAAAUCACACAUGAGGUGAAGCUUUUGUCCAGGUUAAACCAUGAGAACGUGGUAAGGUACUACAAUUCUUGGAUAGAAACCAGUGAUGACCCAGCUUACAGUGAUGAUUCUUCUAAUGAUGAUGAUGAUGAUGAUGAAAAUGAUGUCUUUGGUGCUCCAUUUGUACCCUUUCACAAUGCUGACGUCUCUGAUGGCAUUGAGUUUGAGGGUGGGAGUGUGAGGAACUCAAAGAUGGAUGGAUGGUCGGAACAUGAGGAUUCCAAGCUGAAAGAACACAAUACAGAGACUGCAGAUGUUUCAGAAGGCUGUCUUAAAGUACAGUACUUGUACAUUCAGAUGGAGUACUGUGACAAGAGCACCCUGAGAAACUGUAUAGACGCAGGCCUGUAUGAGGACAUGAAGCGCGUCUGGAGGUUAUUCCGGGAGAUUGUGGAAGGAUUGACUCAUAUACAUAAACAGGGUAUGAUUCAUCGUGACCUGAAGCCUGUGAAUAUUUUCCUGGACUCCAAUGACCAGGUGAAGAUAGGGGACUUUGGUCUCGCCACGAUAGAUGUCAUCGUCAAGAAAAGUGGCUUGCUGGACAGUGCCCUCUUGUCACUCAGCACUGGCGAGUUUGGGUCAUCACGGUCAGGGACGUCCUUUGACAGUAAACUGACAGGGAAUGUCGGCACUGCCCUCUAUGUUAGCCCAGAGAUGAUGAAGGGAGGUAACAAGGCCAGCUACAAUCAGAAAGUUGACAUAUACAGUCUGGGUAUCAUCUUCUUUGAGAUGUGCUACAGACCUCUGGGCACAGGGAUGGAAAGAGUAAAAAUCCUCACCACUCUCAGACAAGAAGACGUGAAGUUCCCCGAGGACUUUGAUGAACUUUCCAAUCAGGCUAAGGUUUUGCGGCUUUUGCUGAACCAUGACCCCUCACAGAGGCCCUCCUCCCAGGAACUGUUACAGUCCGAUUACCUCCCUCCUCCGCUCAUGGAGGAGGCGGAACUUAACGAGGUGCUGAGGUCCACGAUAUCCAACCCUCAGAGCAAGACGUACAGGCACAUGAUCAGUGCCAUGCUCUGCCAGCCUGUUAACCCUGCCACAGAUCUCACAUAUGACAUGGAUGACAGAAAGAUGGUGUUUUCUCAGAAAGCGGCCCUCAUCCAGCAGCAGGUGUGUGACAGCCUGACCCAUGUGUUCCAGAGACAUGGUGCGGUCAGAUUGGCCACGCCCUUGCUAAUCCCCCGAUCGAGCUCUGCUGAUCCCACUGACCAGCACGUCUACCUGAUGGACCAUAGUGGUGGGGUGGUCAGUCUCCAGUAUGAUCUCAGGGUGCCAUUUGCGAGAUAUGUGGCCAGAAAUAACAUACAUUCCAUGAAGCGUUACUUCAUCGACCAUGUGUACAGAGAGAAGAAACCAUCUGGGUUACACCCCAAACAGCUGACAGAGUGUGCAUUUGACAUUGUUAGUACCACGCCAGGCAGUUUUAUUCCUGAUGCUGAGAUCCUAGAAGUGGUUCAGGAAAUUAUCACAGAGUUCCCUCCCCUUCAGAGCCGUAACUACUACAUACGUGUGAACCACACUCUGCUGCUCCAGGCUAUUCUCAGUCACUGUGGUAUCACUGAGGACAAGCACGAGGAAACUCUACUCCUGGUCCAGGACAUACUGCUGGACAAGCAGAAGAAGCCAGAAGCACGCAAGAUCCUUUGUGACUUGUCCAUGAGUGAACACCUGGCAGGCUUACUGAUAGAGCUGCUAGAGUUUGAGGGGUCAUUGGCCAAAGUGUCCAGUAAACUGAGAUGUAUCACCAAGACUAAGGGAGAGGCUGGCUCAUUGGCUAAGCAAGGCCUUCAUGAGAUUGACAUGGUGCUAAAUCAUGCUCAUAUGCUGGGGAUGAAAAUGAAGGAUAUUGUCACGUUGGGCCUACAUUUCAACUGCCAGCAGUAUUCUGGAGUUGUGUUCCAAGUGAUGUCAGAUGUCCGCAGAAAGAAACGUGUUGUGGCAGACAUCUUGGCAGCUGGUGGACGUUACAAUAAAAUGAUUUCCCAGUUCCAUACCCCGAUGUUGACUGAUACCUCCACUGUCCAGCAUGGUGUCGGUGUAAGUGUGGCAUUUGACAAGGUUGUCAAUGCCAUGAUUGAGUACCAGGAGCCUCAAAGUGCCAGUGACAUUUUGGUGUGUACUAUUGGACAUAAAGCCAUGCUAAAGGAGAGAUUGAAUGUGGUCAGAGACUUGUGGUCAGCAGGUCUAAGGGCUGAGGUCUUGUAUGAGGCUCUACAGACACUUGAAGACAUUCAGGAGAGGUGUAAGACAUUGUCUAUAUCACACAUUGUGAUUCUUAAAGAUUCAGAAACUGGGCAUGUCAAGGUAAGGUCUGUGGAGAAGGAUAAGGUGACAGAGAAGAAAGUGAACACCACAGACCUGGUGGAUUACCUACACCAGAAGCUGAGAGCCUCAAGAUUAGAAAAUGGAGAAGGCUCUCAGACCAGCAGUGGGAAAAGUUCCUACCCACCAACCAGUCAAAACAGUGGCGACUCAGUCCACAUCCAAUCAGCUUCUGGGACCAGUAGCAGCAGCGUCAACAACUUCUCAUCAUUCAAUUUCACAUACAUCCCUGAUGAGCACAAGACCAAACAAACGCAGAACAUGAAGAAGAAAUAUGAAACUCAGAUUUUUGCCCGACUGACCCCCCACUUUGGUUGGAUGUGGGGUAAGGUGGUGACAGAAGUAAUUGCCCUAGAUCUGGGUGCCCCUGUACUGAGGAGUAUCUCGGGAUAUCUCAAUCUUGAAGGCACAGAGGCAGAGUUCCAGGAGAGUGUCAGCGCUGUUAUGGAAAGACAACCACGUUACAGAAAAUACCUCACCUAUGUAAUUGACCAUAUACAUGACCUAAAAUUUACCAAUGAGAGAAAAACGUGUGUGAUAAUUUUGUACGGCAUCAAAGAUGACAGUUUUAAGCUGUUGGGCUGAUCUGAGUUUUUAUGUACGAUAGCACGACGGGAGAGAAAUUUGUAAAGAUUUCUAGUCAUUUUAGUUUGUAUCAUCUUACACAAAUAUGUUCUCUACACAGCAAUUUUAUGUGCAUUAUGGACUGUUUCUUUUACUCUGGAAAAUGACUUGUCUCAUUCAGUCCAGGAUGACAUGGAUAUAUAUUUAAUAUUCAUUCUUCAUGUUUGUUGUGUUGUUUAGCUUUCCAUGUCUGUGGAUUGAAAAGUUAUUUUUGGGUUUAACCAUUUCUUAAAUGUUACAGUCUAUAGUUGUCUGCAGCUCAGGUAUGUAUGAAUAUCUUAUAUCUUAUUUUAUUUCUCUGCUUUCAAAAAGGGUCAGUACAUAUAUUAAAAAACAAACGUAAGAUGACUCUUUAUUUCAGAAUGUGUGGAAGUAGACACUGAAAUGAUAAUAAAUAUGAGAAAUUAUAAUUCCCUUGAUGCAAUACUGAUGACACAUUAUCUCAUGUAAGAUGACAAAUUAUCUCAGAUUGUGUGGAAGUAGACAAUGAAAUGAUAAUAAAUAUGAGAAAUUAGAAUUCACUUCAAUAAUACUGAUGACAUCAUCUCAUGUAUGAUGACAUGUUGUCUCAGAUUGUGUUGAAGUAGACACUGAAAUGAUAGUGAAUAUGAGAAAUUAGAACUUACUUUACUCAAUUCUGAUGACAUGUUAUCUCAUGUAAAAUGACACAUUAUCUCAUGUAUGAUGACAUGUUGUCUCAGAUUAUGUUGAAGUAGACACUGAAAUGAUAAUGAAUAUGAGAAAUUAGAACUUACUUUACUCAAUACUGAUGACAUGUUAUCUCAUGUAUGAUGACACAUUAUCUCAGAAUGUGUUGAAGUAGACACUGAAAUGAUAAUAAAUGUGAGAAAUUCACUUUACUCAAUACUGAUAAUAGAGAAUGGGCAUAAGAAAUUGUGAUCUUAAUAUAUAUUUUUGUUAGAUGUUCAUCAUAACCCAGCUUUUGGGAAUUUUGACUGGGUCUUUCCACAAAUCUCUUCGCGAUGAAGCUGACAUUUAGAUUUUAUUUUCUUUAAGUGAAAUUAAAUUGUAAAAUAGUGGUGUUUUUCCAAACGGUGACGUCCAUCACAUCAUCUGUUUUAGUUGUUUCUGCUAGAGAUAGCAGCUUUGUGAAGAACUGCAGGAAUAAAAAAAAAAGAAUUGUUAAACUAUUUUGAAAAUUGUAAAACUAUUUUUAUUGCAUUGACACAGACGAAAGAGUUAAGCUUAAAGGUAUGUCCUGUGGUGUUUAUAACUUAUUUUGGAAAAAAUACAAAGCAAAUGCUUUUUUUGUAUUUGUGUUUAAGUACUUGUAUUUGUAUACUGCUUGUUGAGCAAUUACUAUUUUGUUUCUUGCGUUUAUGUAAACACAUGUUGCUGGAUAUUUAAGUGAUCACUUAGUGUAUAUUUACAUGUAUAAUUAGAAUUGGCAGUGUACAGUGUCAGGGAUCGUAUGAGGAAGAUAUUUGAACUCUUGUUUCAUGAAGUUUUAAUAUCUGUUUUUCGAGUUUUACUUGCACUUCAGACAAGUAACAAUUCUUGUUUAGUUUGUAAAGAACAGCAAUAAUUUGUUUUUUUAAGAGCUAUUAAAAGUUUUGUUGUAAAUUUGUUCAAGACUUGCCAUUUUCACCUUGUCAGCUUGAGAAGCCUCUCUUACAAUAUGCAUAUACAUACCUGGCCACAGACCCCCAUUAAUUUUCCCUAAGCGACAGUGUUAAUGUUUAGCAAUGUAGCUCAGUCCCGAACAUUCCGUGGCCAAUAAGCUUUGGUGCAUAUCUGGCCCAGCCUGUUAGAAAAAGCCAUCAUCACCACCUGUCUCCAUGUGUCCUCUCGCCCAGAAUUUCAAACUUUCAUCAUUAAAACUCAUACCUGCCCAAAGUUUAGACAAUUUCCAUCAUUUUGAUAUCAAGCAUGCAAGACUUUACACCCUAAA